AAUGAACCUUCCAUUCUCAUUUCUAGUAGUCGUAGCCUCAUAAAGGUUUUCACACAUUUGCUCUUCCACAGAAAGUCUCUUCUGAAUCCUAUCUGGUUCAGGCCUCUUCUAAAACCAUUGAUCCAUGAACCAUCAGAUCCACUAUAAUAGACACAUAGUCAACUUUAUAAAAAUUUAGUUUAGUGUUACCUCUCGGUCGUAAAAAAAAUAUUUUAGAAUAUUCAAUACUUAACAAUAAACUAGGAUGAUUCGCGUAUAUUUUACAUAUUACUUAAUACUAAAUCUAAGAAACGAUCGUCGCUAUUAACUAUACUAUUAAUACGUUCGGUCCAGCAACGUCUCAUGACGUUAUUUUUAGAAAUUCAUAAUUGACACAACGUUUAAUCAGGUCGGCUUUUAAUUUCCAUUUAUUCACACUACGUUCCCUAACGUCGGGAGUCAAUACGAUAUUCAACUAAAUAGAUAUUUGCGCCGCAUCACUUGGAAGUUUCAAAAGUCUACCGCCGCAGCAAAUCAGUUUUUAGGAACAUUUUGCGAAAAUCCGUUACACCCGCACAUAUCCACAUACGCACACACAGAACGUUGGUAGACGUCACGGGAAGUAGGGACGCGGCUAGCUUCAGUCAUUUUGCGCCGCAUGAAGAGAAGCUCUUGAAUGAUCGAAUUAAAGUUUCGAAACAAUGAAUAAAAAGCGACUAUGCCGUAAGGGGUUUCUGAAUGUAUUUGAAGAUUCUUCGUCCCGGAAGUUACUCCAGAUCCCUUCAGUGAUGACGGAGAAUACGGAAGUGACAAGGAUUAUGAUCCAGAACCUAUAAAUAUUCAUAGCGACAGCCCACUAACGCCCGAACCCAAUAACCUAUCUAAAUCCAUAAUCCACCAUCUGAGAUAAAAAUCUCAAUCCAAAUGUUGUAUAAAGUGUGCCACUAACCAAUCGACGGAUUGUAAUAGUCAUCUGGCGAUACAAGCUAUCCAUGUGAGGUCCGAUCGGUGUCUGUGGAUAGACCUUUGUAUGAAAAUGACAGUUCAGCUGUGCCAAUAUUCAUCUUAAAGUUUUUACAUAUUGUUUGACGGGUGAUUGCAGAUUGCAUUUGCAAUUCCCCAACUAUCUCGGAUUACUGAUGAUAAAAAUAUGGCCUUACAAUUAAUAUCUUCAAGUGAUAGCGAUACUGAUAGUGAUCUGGAAGUUUUAGGAUUAUUAUCAGAUUCGGAAAGUGAUGAUUCCAACAAUAACGGACCAAUACCAAGGCGGAUAAAACGAAUAAAUUUUAUGCAUAAUCUAAACGAUACCGACUUCACUUUUAGAUUUAGGUUAAAUAAACCUGCAGUGGAGUUACUUUUGACCGAAAUUAUGCCCUUUGUACGAGUAACAUCGAUGCGAAAUAAUGGCGUGCCACCACUACAACAGCUUUUAUUGACGCUGCGGUUUUAUGCAUUGGGCACAAUGCUAAUUUCCGUGGCUGAUUUCAUAGGCGUUUCCAAAUCUUCUGCAGGCAGAAUAGUGCGGGACAUAUCCGUCGCAAUCGCCAGAUUGUACGAUAAAUAUUUGUAAAUUGUAAUGCACCAACAAGGUGCAGAUAAAUUUUAUUCAAAAGCACAAUUUCCUCGGGUUCUUGGUGCUAUUGACUGUACUCAUAUUCGCAUCCAAUCUCCAUGUCUAACUAUAGGAGAGGAAUUUAGAAAUAGGAAAAACUAUUUUUCAUUGAAUGUCCAAGCAGUUUGUGAUGCAGAUUUGAGACUAAUGAAUGUGGUUGCUCGUUGGCCUGGCUCACCACAUGAUGCCACCAUUUUUAAUAACUCUGUCUUGAGAGCCCAAUGUGAUUCAGGAGCAUUUGGUAAUCGAUGGUUGCUUGGUGAUAGUGCAUAUCCUAAUAGAAACUAUUUAUUGACACCAAUAUUAAGUCCCGUUUCUGAUCAUGAACAGAGAUACAAUUAUGCUCAAAUAAAAACAGAAACACCAUUGAAACGACUUUUGGAGUGUGGAAGCGCCGCUUCCCUGUAAUAGCCCUAACCCUGCGAUUAUCGCUUCGAACUGUCCAAGCUGUCAUUAUUGCUACAGCAGUUCUCCACAAUAUCUGUAGAAGUUAUAAUCUGGCAGAAGUUGAG